AUGGCCCCAGAAGCGUUAGUGGCCACAAAACUGAACCUAAGUGACGGAGGGAAACAUGUGUCUUCAAUGCGCAGCAGCUGGUUUAUCGACGACCGAGGAGCAAAGGUCGAACAAUGUAUGCAGACCGAAGACGGUGUGCAGAAAGGCCUCCAAACAAUACUUAUGGAACGCAAUCUAUGGAAUCCAGGCAUGAGCGCAAAAGAAGCUCGAGAGACCCUCUUCAAACAGCCUGAUUUCGAAAGCCAAAAGGAAUGGCUAGAGAAAACUGUAGUGGAAAAUCAACCGGGUUUGCCAAUCAUAUUCUAUCCCAAGUUCCACUGUGAGUUCAACUUCAUCGAGUUAUAUUGGGGAUACUACAAAUCGGCACAUUCUCUAAUGCCUGUGGCAUUAGAGAAUGUGCCGAUUUCUUCGAUCCGUAUAUUCGCCCGCAAAUGCUUCCGUUACAUGGAUGCAUAUCGUGCUAAAAACGGGCAGUACUUGACACAGCGUCAAAUAGAAUAUGCAGUACGUCGUUACAAAGGCCACCGAACUAUACCACAAUCUGAUUUAGAUGACCUUGAUUGA